AUGCCCAAGAUGCGCUUCAUCAGGACGGUGUUACUCCCCGGAUCCCGUGUCAUGGAGUUGUGGGAGAUGAAGAAGACUCUCGACACGAUGAAGACUUUUGAAUGUCCAAACCCGGAUUGCUCAGCUGUGCUCAACGAAGUCGAGCUCUCUGGGAGAUUCAGAGAUGCUCAGAAGACCUGUUCUGAGUGCCACACCAGGAUCUGUGGUUCAUGCCGUGUCGUAUGGCACCAGCGUCUGACUUGCGCGGAAUUUCGAAUGCUUCCGACUGUUCAGCGAUCUCCUCGCACCAAGCAGACGUUGCAGCUUUCCGAUUAUGCUCGGAGGCGCACGCAUGUCGACGGCCUCACGGUUUUACACACUGGUGCCGCUUUCCCGCCUUAUCCCAUUGCGCAGAACGGCUUCGUGGACACAACGCCGGGCAACGCCGGGAUUGUUGACCCUAGGGACGUUGCCUUCUGGGGCGCCGAGAAUUCGCUCCCAACGUACCAAGAUGUCCUGGCUCGAAGCCCCAACGGUUUCGAUGACACGUUUAUUGUCGGAGGUGGAGGCUCCGGUUGGCAGCAGCCGGCACCUCCUCCGUACAGCCGUGGCGAGUCCUCUUCGCAUGCGGUCAUAGCUCCCCACCAGCGAGCUCUGAACAUGGCGCCAUCGAUGGCUCCGCUAGCGGCCUGCCGGUUCUGCCGGGGCCAAUUCGCGACAGCUUCUGACCGGGACCUCCACGAGCGCAGCUUCUGCCGGGUGUCACGGAGCUGGCACAACCGACUCGGUGGCAUCAACCCCUUCCGGAACUUCUGGAACUAG